AUGUCGUUAGGCGCAGCCGUGCAGUCUCGCACCUGUCUAGCCGACGAUCACUUGACCGGUCUUCCGUACCCUGGAAACAUUAAGCUUUCCACUUGUCACCUCGAAGGCUUGUUCGGCCAAACCGGCCUGCGAUGGCUCUUUAACAAGCACCACAGUUUCAUCAAUAGCUUCUACGUCUAUUGUUACGACAAGGAUGAACCUUGCAACAAGUACGUUCAAGAACAUCGCGGUACACUGGACACGGUUGCUUCGGCGAGUUUGCUUGAAGAACAAGUGGCGAGAAAAGAGCGACAACGUGCCGACAGAUGCGAGACGUCCUCACUUGGUACAUAG